AGUAGCGUAUAGAAUCGGGAUCCCUUCUUCAACUACUUCUUCCUCUAAAGUCUAUUUUCACCCACUUUCCUUUCAAUUUCAAUUCUCUUUCUCAGGUUUCUUCUCCCACUCCUCCAACAUGGCUAAAGGUGCAUCUCAAUCUCAAUCAUCAACUUCAACCGCCUCCCGUCCAGCUGGAGGAGGACUCGCUGCUCCUCGCGGCUCUGCUGCUGCAACCGCCGGCAUGCGCCGUCGCCGUCUCACUUCCGGAAACACUACUUCCAGCGUCGGAGCUGGAUCCAGCGGAGGUAGUAACAUGCUGAGAUUCUACACCGACGAUGCUCCAGGUUUGAAGAUAUCACCUACGGUUGUGCUAGUUAUGAGUCUCUGCUUCAUCGGUUUUGUUACCGCUCUUCAUGUGUUCGGGAAGCUUUACCGUUACAAAUCUGGCGGUGGUGUUUGAUUUCAAGAUCUGAAUCUGAUAGUUUAGGUUUUGGAUCUUGAUUGAUCUUUGAUGAUCAUAGUGGUUUGUUUUGGUUUCUUUGUUUUGCAUAAUUAGAAACUUGCGUUUUGUUUAUUUUGUGAAUCUUUCUAAUGCUUAAUUUCACUGAUCUAUGUUUGGUUUAAGUUGAAUCGCAAUUUGCUUCGUUAA